AUGGCGGAGCGGCGGCGGCGGGCCCGGGUGCAGGGCGGCUGGGCCGGCGGCCCGGCGGGGCUGCCCGCAGCACCUAAGGCACCUGUAGCCAGCAGCCUCACCCUUGCAGGUGCAAGACCAGCAUGGAGACAGAAAGAGCAGCCUCACAAUCAAAAGCAAUUUGUCUUUGAAAAGCCAUCAGAGGUGGAGCGCAGAGUUCCUGAGGCAGGUGUGAUAGACAAGCCGGGUGUGUAUGAGCUCAGCAAGGGACCAACUGGCAUUUCUAGGAUUCAUUUGAUUCCUGGCUUUAUUGACUCAGAACAAGCAGACUGGAUGUUUGAGCAACUCCUCCAAGACAUACCCUGGGGUCAGCGAACUCACAUCAGACAGGAAAUAUCUUUUGAGGAACCACGGCUUACAUCCUGGUAUGGGGAACUUCCUUACACAUACUCCAGGAUAACAAUGCAGCCAAAUCCAAAUUGGCAUCCUCUGCUGACCAUGCUGAAGGAGCGCAUUGAAGAGUUCACUGGCUACACCUUCAACUCUCUUCUCUGCAACCUCUACCGAAAUGAGAAGGACAGUGUGGACUGGCACAGUGACAACGAGCCAUCACUGGGGAAAAAUCCUGUCAUUGCCUCACUCAGCUUUGGUGCUACUCGGACCUUUGAGAUGAGGAAAAAACCUUCCCCUGAAGAGGAUGGAGACUAUACUUAUGUAGAAAGACUCAGAAUCCCACUUGAUCACGGGAGUCUGUUGGUGAUGGAAGGAGCCACCCAGGAGGACUGGCAGCAUCGAGUGCCUAAGGAGUAUCAUUCUAGAGAUGAACGGAUAAACUUGACAUUUAGGAUCAUUUAUCCAGAACCUGAUGGAGUUUGGAAGUGAAGAGCCACUUUGGACAUUGCUGGAUAUCUGGACCCACAGCAGAUCUAGAGCCUUAGAUUGCUACAGAUUUAAAAGAGUUCCUUGAAGUCAUGGGGAAAAAAGUUGAUAUUAUGAAGAUCUUUGGCAAUCAGAAGCUGCCUGUGUUAUGUGGACAGAAAUUAUAUGUUAUUAGAUGAUAUUAAAUCACAGGCUUUAAGUUUGUGAGCAGUGAUUAUUCUUAAAAGAGCACAAAGCACGUGAAAGAUUUGAGAGGUCCCAACUGGAGCAGACAGAGUCAGUGUCUGCUGGAUAGUUUGCACCUUUACUCACUCCCAAGUCGUGAUCUCUGUUGGAAGUAAUGGCAAGGUGGGAUUCUGUCAUCUAAAGCCAUCUCUGUGUGUUUGUACAGAAAAGAGAAAGCUGCACUUGAGGAUGAUCACUGGGUAUUACUCAUUUCACCAAAGGGUGGUGCAUUGCUUUUUAUCUGUAGGUUGCAGAAUUUUUUUCUAGUUAAGCAAUCAGUUUCAUAACUUAAAUAACUACUUGAAUUAUACUGGUGUCUAGUGGAGCAGGGGUCCAGGCUCUCUUCUGCCAUGCACUCUGUGGUCAGACUAUAUCCUAACUUUUUAUCCACAUAGACAGGACAAGGCAAAGGCAAGCAACAGAGACAUCUGAUGACCCUGCUUCUGGGUCAGUGCGUAUUGCAUUAAAGAAUAUCACUCACAGGGUUGUCUCUUGAGCCUUUGCUGCCACAGAUCAGCAGUCAGCACCUCAGACCAGAUUCCAGGGUAACUUGCUGGAAUCCUUCAGGUUUGCCUGCUGCGCCUCACUUGCUGCUGGGAAGCAGCGGGCUCAUGGCUGCAGUCUGGAUGUUAAGUCAGCAGUGCUGCCUAUGUGAUUAAGUUCUUACUGCAGCUAAAUAUCAUCACUGUACAGGUUCAAAUCAUAGGUUUGGUCCAUCUUCACUGCCUGCCUGCAGUAGGAUCUAAGCACAGGUAAAUACUCUAUGCCUUGUAACACAUUAGCUUUGUUAAGCAAGCUAAUCUUCACUGUAAGAAUAAAUUGGUGUUGAGAAAAUAUCUGUAUUUGUUGUGGUUUAAGUUCCUAAACCACCAUACAUUAUUCUUCUAAAAUGAAAGAAUGUUACUAGAAAACUUAACUCCAUUAUCUAAUGAUGUCUUCACUUUCAUCUCAAUUUGUACAGAAAUGUUUUUGGACUAUUUUUAUUAUUUCCUUGUGUUUGAAUAUUUUGUUUAGGCUUUAUGAAAUAUUUAAUGGGAAAUGGAGUUGAAGGAGGCAGACACUUAUUUUUAUAUUUACUUUCUUCGUGUCAUUGGAGCUUUGUGCAUAUUCCUGUAUGUGUGUCCAGGUUUGGCAGUUCUGACAGAGAGUGGGAGUGCUUAGCUGAGGGACAGUGCUAAUUGGUUAAGGCAUUCUGAGAAGACACUUUUGCCUGUAUCAGUUCAUAUAAGCUCCAUUUGUUUUCACUGUGUUAAGAACAGCCAGGCUGCAAGAAAGAGUAAGAGAUGGGGAUGAGUUGGAAACUUUUAAACCCCCAAACCUCAGUCUGUGGGAAUUGCAAGUCAUUUGAAUUCAGUGAAUCUAUGGCCCAUAACUAAUGCAGGACCCUAGAGGCUGAUACUGUUGUGGAAGAGGUGGAAGAGCAGUUUUUCACUUCUGUUUCUUGGUUUCAAUAUAGUAAUGUUAGCAAA